UACAUGUCAGCUGUUAUGUGACCAUUGUGAUUCUUGUUUUCACGAGUUUGUUUGUUCAUGUCCUGACAGUUGUAUCAAAAAUAAUAUGUGUAAGCAUAUCCAUGCUGUGGCAUGCACAUUACCGAAAGAAAGAGAAAACACCAAUUAUGAUUGUGGUAACAUGGAAAUUAAUUUUGAUUUUGUCGAAGAGGAGAGCAACUUGUUGGAAGAAGUAAGCCAACCAGUCGAGCCUAACUUAUCUCUUGAAAACAUCAAGAAGAAAAUUGCAGAUGAAGUCGAAAAUAUCACAAGAAGAGUGACAAACAUGGAUCAAGGGAUCUACAUUUUGCAAGAGUUGAAGAAAAUGUCUACCACAGUUGAUGCUAUGAAUUUACCUUCAACUUCCACAUCAACUCUAAAGAUCACCAGCUCUGUGUCACCAGCAAAUGCAAAUAUCAUCCAACAAAGGAGAUUUACUUCCACUAAGAAAGUGAACAGAAAAUCUCAAAAGUUCAAUAACAAGAAGAUAUCCAAGAGGAAGAGAGAUGAAAUAGCAUUUAAUCUGCUUCAUUAAUUCUUCAUUUUGCACCGACACUGUUACUAUAGAGAUUGUUAUUUUUUAUAUACGUUAACUACAAGAGGACGUUUCUCUGGAGGACCAAAACCCCCCACCACUGCGCCCUGUGGGAAAGCGGAAUUUAACCCACCAGUAGCACAGACUUUUUCAAAUAUGUAGGCCUACAUCUUUUGUUAGAAUUUGAGGCAUAGGCUAUUUAUAAUUUUAUUUUAUGAACAGAACUAUUUUUAAUUUACUAGUAAACCUUCAUUAGAUUUUUUUCUUAUAUCUCUUUUAAAUUAUCAGCAUCUUUUCCGCGUUCCCGCUUCCGCGCCUAGGAUAACUCAGCUUAAGGGGACACAUUAUAAAGCAAUUUUUAUUAGGGUGGAUUAUAUUGAACUUUAGCCAUAAACAAUAGCUUACAUUACACUAAAAUGUUAGUUAGGUGCAUUUUAAGACAAAAAUUAAUCUCUUGACACUUAAUAAAUCCUCAUCUUAUGUACACAAAAGGUACUAAAGUAUAUGUACAAUGCUGAAUUAUAUUGAUAGAUUAGCCUAUAAAGCAAGUGUAGGCUUUGGCAUUUGUCAAUUUGCAACAUUUAUCGACAGGUGACACGCUACAUGCUGAUCCAAUCUUUAACCAACUUAAUUGCAAUUCAUAACCCUAUCAAAUGAAUUUGCUAAACUUAGCUUAGUUUUAAAGCGUCAGGUUGUAUCUAUACCAUAUAACAUUGUAAACAAUAACAUAAUUGGCUUCCUUUGUAAAAGCCAUGAAUAAUUCUAGUAUGUUAAAAAAUAAGGUUUCCGAGGGAGCCGCAAUUGUUUUGAGUUUUAUCUUCAUUUAAGAGGAAGCCAUUAGAUUCAAACCAAAUAGAGGCUUGUUAAAGAUUGUUUAAGGUUGGGAUUAAUAUUAAAACAUGUUGUAUCAUCUGCAUACAAAUAAGUUUUACUUGUUAGAAAAACAUGUUUUUUUAAUUAGAAGUGUAUGCAUCAUAUCUGUUGCAGACAUGAAUCUUAGUUCAAUGGGCGGGGCUUAGGCUUUGUACCUGUGACAUGCACAUUUUCGGUUGGUUGAAAGUUAUUAGAGAGUUUUUAUUAUAACGAUAUCGUUAAUUAAUAAGGUUUAUGUGGUCACAUCAACUUAUAGAACCGUACAAAUAAUUUUUAUAAUAUACUAAUUCAUUCAUAUUUCUCAGAAGUGUUCGCAUUAACAAUUGCAGACAUGAAUGUUGGUCCAGUGGGCGGGGCUUAAUCUUUAUAACGGGAAUAUUCAUAUUUUGGGUUAGUUUAAAGUAAUGAGACAGUUUUUAUUGUAAUCAUUUUGGUAAUUACAAAGGGUUAUAGGGUCGCUUCCAUUUUUAAAAGCGCUCACGGUAUGGUAUUUCAUCACUUUGCACAGCUGUGAGUCUAUAACAAACAGUUUGAAUCAAUACCAUGUUAGGCUCAUUACAUGGGACAUUUUUAGAGAUAUUGGCUUGUUAGAAUUGUAUUUUGUUAUGUUUUUUAUUAAGAUAUAUGUGGUCGCAUCCAUUUUUAGAAGCGCUCACGGCAUUACAUUUAGCUUCGCAUUGCUGCAAAUUCACUACAAAUGUUUGAAUCAGGUCUGAAUGAAAUGAAUCUUAGACCAGAGGGCAGGUCUUAAGUUCAAUACAUAGGAAAUGAACAUUUGCAAUUAACAUAGACCUAUUGACCUAUUAAAAAUGUAAUUAUUAUGUUGUUUAUAUAAAGGUAUAUGUGGUCACAACCAUUUAGUUAGAAAAACAUUACAACUAAAAACAAAUUGUACCUUACUUUCAACAAUAGGCAGAGGCUAAGUCUUGUACAUACAUGUAAUAUAAAACAUAUAAAUAAAAUGUUGUUUAAGUAUUAA